UUCAAUCUUCAACAUCGCGUACCACACAUGCACUCAUCAAACUAGCCAUUUUUUCUUCAUUUUGCUUUCUCUUUCAUUUUCCCUUUCUUCUCGAUAUGCUAUAUUCUUCCACCCACUCAGGCCCUAUAAUAAUCUCGGACUUCAACAAGUGGUAGCGGGUGAUCUUCACCGGUCGUCUAAACAGCGGAGUCAACGUACCGGAGGUUCAGUCAAUGUGCGCCACCUUCACCGUACCAGCCAUCUCUAACUUCACCAACAGCCGCCGCCGUUCACAUACGAUCGAACUCCGUGGUCAUUUGACUCAUCGUUAGUAACCAGUCACUUGACGGCCAGACCUCCAUGGCUCCAUGCCGCCAAUUCAAAUAUAUAGAUGCAUCUCGACUACCAGGAUUGAAAACCGGGGGGUGCGAAUUACAAGAACAUGAUUGUAAUAAGGAGUCCACUGGAAAUGAUGAGAUGAUAGCGUCGGCCCUCGACAGUCGCGGCAACAAGGAAUUCAUUGGGGGGAGUUACGUUCUCCGGAAGAAAGCACAUGGGGAAGCAAAUGAAAGAAAAAAAGGAAAAAAGAAAACAAAUGAAUGGUUUGAUGUCCCAGGUGACGCGGAACUACGGAAGAAGAAAGAGUCAUUGGGGAAGACACUAAUGGAUUUCAUCACGUCGGCUUUCCUAUUUCCCGCAGCCACUUCAUCAUAUACACAAAUGAAUUUUAUGUUAAACUCAAAUGAGUAUAACUCCUAAAAUGAAUGUGUAUGCACAAAUGAGAUCUUGGUUGUUUUUCGAUACUCAUUUUGUAAGUUGUGUACGCUCAUUUGGUACCGGUGUUCUGCUCAUUAUAAACCCAGGAGCACAAAUCGUGAUGCUCAACCACAUGGUUCUAAUAUUCAAUCGAGAAGAUUGAAUACUCAAUUAAAAUGUCUGUAUGGUCAACUAAAAAACUUACUCCCUCCGUCCCUUUUUAUUUAGUCAAAUACUAUUCUUCAAGUCAAAGUUGUUCAACUUUGAC